UCUAAUGUUGCUGAAUCGCCGCAAACCCGAAACGCCUGACUCAACAAACCGCUUUUUCGGAAUCCUUCUUGCUCCCCCGAAACACCGGUUUCAUUGUCCCUUCAAUCCAGUCACCGAGUCUUUGAUAUUUCGAACAAAGAGAAGAACCAGUCUUUAAUUUUUCAGAGAUUAUGAGUUUCUUGGGGACGGACGGACGGAUGAGAAUCAACCAGUUGAAGCUCCGCAUGGCGGUUUUCAUGGCGGUGCUAUCACUUUUUAUUAGGAAUCAAAGUCUGUGUUCGUCUCUGAACACCGAAGGUUUAGCGUUGUUGAGGUUCCGGGAUAGAGUGACCAGAGACCCGUUUGGGGCUUUAUCGGAUUGGAAUGAGAAUGAUGGAGUGGCUGAUCCGUGUGCUUGGUUCGGAGUGGAGUGUUCGGACCGGAAAGUGGUGACCUUGACUUUGAAGGAUCUUUGCCUUGAUGGAACAUUGGCACCUGAACUCGGGAAGCUGGCUUACAUAAAAUCUAUCAUUUUACGCAACAAUUCUUUUUCUGGUAAUAUCCCAAAUUACAUUGGGGAAUUGAAGGAUCUGGAGAUUUUGGACUUGGGCUUCAAUAACUUUAGCGGGCCAUUUCCAUCUGAAUUCACCAAUAAUCUUUCCCUGACUACCCUUUUACUUGACAACAACGAGUUUCUUGGUACCAUUUCUCCUGAACUCUAUGAGCUCAAGACCCUUUCGGAAUUUCAGGCAGAUGAUAACCAGCUAACUGGUACUCCUUUGAGGGAGCCUUGUAACUGUGGAUCUUUCAUUUGGAACACUGCCAAAUUUGGAGAUGAAGCUAACCGUAAGCUGCUGCAGGCAGUGGAUUUCUCAAAUCCAUCCGGAGGAAACAAUGUGAACGAGAGGAGUUCAUUUUCACCAUCACCUUCUCCCUCCCCCUCAUCACAGGACUAUCUCCCUCCAUCAGCAUCAGCAUCACCAUUUUCAUCUAUAUCAGCUCCAUCAGAUUCACCAUUGUCAUCUCCACUAUUUUCCCCAUCACAAGCUCCCUCCAAUAUCUUUCUGACUCCUUCCAAGCCACCUAUUUUAGCACCCACUCCUGCUUCAACAAUUCCAGCAAAUCCGCCAAUAAUAGCAUCUCCACCAGCAGAUUCUCACCGGGAGUGGGAUCCCACUUCACCUGCUCCAACUCCUAGCCAAGUGGUUAAGAAGCAUUCUGAGACAAAUCUUCAUGUAGUUCUUACUUGGGUUGGAAUUUCUGGGGGUUGCUCGUUCAUUCUGAUUUCAGCCAUCAGCAUUGUUUACUGCAGAAGAAACAAGGUUGUUACUGUGAAACCUUGGGUGACAGGGUUAAGUGGGCAGCUGCAGAAAGCAUUUGUAACAGGUGUACCAAAGCUCAACCGACCAGAACUUGAAGCAGCUUGUGAAGAUUUCAGCAAUAUCAUUGGUUCUGUCUCAUAUGGGACUGUGUAUAAGGGGACUCUUUCAAGUGGGAUAGAAAUAGCUGUAUCAUCUAGUGCAGUGACAUCUCCUGGGGACUGGUCAAAAAUUUUGAAAGUGCAGUUCAGAAAGAAGAUAGAGACACUAUCAAAAGUGAACCACAAAAAUUUCGUGAACCUCAUUGGAUAUUGUGAAGAAGAGAAGCCAUUCACGAGAAUGAUGGUUUUUGAGUAUGCUCCAAAUGGUACACUAUUUGAGCAUUUACACAUAAAAGAAGCCGAGCACUUGGACUGGGGAAUGAGACUCCGAAUAGCUAUGGGCAUGGCAUAUUGUCUGGAAUAUAUGCACCAGUUGACUCCACCUGUAACCCACAAAAACCUGCAAUCCUCAUCUAUAUACCUGACUGAAGAUUAUGCAGCCAAAAUAUCAGAUUUCGGUUUUUGGAAUGAUAUUUCUGAAACCAAGAAUGACUCAGAUGCUAUGAAGCUUUUGGAGACGCCAUCGGUGGAACCAGAAAGCAAUGUCUACAGCUUCGGGGUGAUCUUGUUCGAAAUGAUGACGGGAAGGAUUCCAUACUCUGUGGACAAUGGCUCUCUUGCAGACUGGGCAUCAGACUAUCUAAAAGGUGAGCAGCCCUUGAGAGAAAUGGUGGAUCCAACGCUAAAAUCUUUCCAGGUGGUGGAGCUUGAGGAAGUAUUUGGAGUGAUAAAAGAUUGUGUCCAACCUGAUUCAAAGCAAAGACCAUCAAUGAGAGAUAUUACAGCUAAGUUGAGAGAGAUCACAGCAGUGGGGCCUGAUGGAGCAACCCCAAAACUAUCUCCACUGUGGUGGGCAGAGCUUGAAAUCAUGUCUACGGACUCAAGUUGAGGGUUCAGUCUAAAUCUUCAAGGUUUUUGUCUAUUCUUCUUCCCCGAUUCUGUGUAUUUUAGUUGCAGUCAAUUGCAAGGUAGAUAUUGCUCGUGUCUAAUGUAAGGCAGAGGACGCUUGCUCCUGCUUGCCAACUUUUUUAUUUCUUUUUGGGACUGUUCUGACGUUGUAAAACCUUACCAUAAGAUAAUAUAUAAUUAACUUCAAGAUCAA